AUGGCAACGACUACCCCAAUGCCUGCCUUUGCACCAGAAGACAUUCCACCACUGUCUACUGAGGAGCUGCUGCUCAGCGAGGCUGGACUCGACGACUUGUUGGAACCUUGGCCCCCGGUUGUUACUGGGCUAACUGGAUCAGCUGCCGUUGCUGGGGCUGGCACCAAUGGAGUACCACCAGAGCCUGGUGUGGACGGUGUCGUUCCUGGAGCCGGCGGGUUGGGCGCCGGCAAAUUGGAUGGGGGUGGCGACGCGGCCGCAGGGGAGCGUAUGGGUAUAGGCGACGCCUUUGGCGGGGCAGCAGGUGUAGGUGGCGGGGGUACUGAAACCGGCGGCGAGGGUGGGGGCACUGCGGCUGCUGGGGCGGGUGGAGGAGAGGCAACAACAACUGGCGGUGGUGGCACGGCGUCCGGAGGAAGCGGAGGCAAGGAGGGCGGUGGAGAAGUGAGCUGUGGCGGUGGCGUGGAUGCGGAAGGGAGGGGAGGAGGCACGGCCUGCGAUGAGGGAGGGUCGGCCGGGGUAGCAUUGGGCUGCGUCACCGGGGCCGGGGAGGCCGGCGUGCGCGUGGUGGUUGCCGGCGACGGGUUUGUCGUGGAAGGCGGCAAGGUGGCCCUGAUGGUGCCCGGGGAAGGCGAAGGCGAGGACGCCAUUGGAGCGCAGUAG